AUGGCCGGUCUCACUGAAGCUCAAGUGGCCUUCUUCCACGAGAAUGGCUACCUCGUCCUCCCAGACUACCUCAGUCCAACCGAAAUCACCUCAGUCUUGACCGAAGCCAACACCCUCCUCAACGACUUCGACCUGGACACUCACCCCCUCACCCAAUUCACGACAGGCGACGAUGACGAAACCGAUCACGUAGGUGACGACUACUUCCUCAACUCGGGCGACAAGAUCCGCUUCUUCUUCGAGAAAGAUGCCUUCACCACCGAGCCCGACCCACUCACCGGCCGCGCCGCGCUCCUCAAGCCCAAGAACCUAGCCGUCAACAAAAUCGGCCACUCCCUGCACACCCUCUCCCCACCCUUCAAGUCCAUCUCCCUGAACGAGCGCAACGCAGACAUCGCCCGCUCCCUCGGCUUCGUCGACCCCCGCGUCCUGCAGAGCAUGCUCAUCUGCAAGCAGCCCUCCAUCGGCGGCGCGGUGCCCGCGCACCAGGACUCGGAGUUCCUAUACACGGACCCGCCGUCUGCGGUCGGCUGGUGGUAUGCGCUCCAGGAUGCGGGACCGGGUAACGGGACGCUGGGUAUGAUUAAGGGAUCGCACAAGGGCGCUAAGGGCGGCCACAUCAAGAGACGCUUUGUGCGCAAGACUACCGGGUCUGGGACGGAGUUUAUUGAGAAUCAGGGUCCUGCUUUGCCCAAGGGCAUGGAGGAGGAGAAGGUUUCUGAGCCUGCGGAGGAGGAUCUGGAGAUUUUGGAGGUUAAGGCUGGUUCGCUGGUGCUUAUUCAUGGUAAUGUGCUGCACAAGAGUGAGAAGAAUACCAGUGAGCGCAGUCGGUAUGCAUAUACCUUCCAUGUUAUUGAGGGUGCAGAGGGGUGGGAGUAUGAUCAGCGGAAUUGGUUGCAGCCGCCAGAGGGUGGAUUCUCGAAGCUUUACGAGUAA